UAAAGCUUCAAAUACACGACUCAGUGUGAGCAUUCAGCUUAAGCAUUUGAGUCGAGGACAAGAAAAACGGUACUAGCUUCGUUCAAUUUCAGGCAUCACCAAAUGGCUGGAACUAAUGAAGAGCCAAUCACUGGAUUUCACGAUUCAAUUUCGCGAGAUCCGGAAUCAAAAUAUCCUGCUCAACCUGAAAGGUAUCAUCUAUAUGUUGCUUAUGCAUGUCCCUGGGCUUCAAGAUGUCUCGCAUACUUGAAGAUUAAAGGACUCGAAAAGGCGAUCAGCUUCACGUCUGUGAAGCCCAUACUCGAAAGAACAAAACCCGAAGUCGAUAACCAUAUGGGAUGGGUUUUUUCUGCUACAGAAAUAGAGGAACCAGGAGCUAAACCUGACCCUUUGUAUCAUGCAAAAACCAUGAGACAGCUCUAUGACAUUGCAUGUCCUCAGUAUGCCGGAGCAUACUCCGUUCCUGUGCUGUGGGAUGCGAAACGAGCAGCAAUUGUGAACAAUGACAGUGGGGAAAUUAUCCGAAUGCUUAAUACAGAAAUGAAUGAAUUUGCGACGCAUCCAGAGGUGGAUUUAUAUCCUCCAUACCUGCAGGCUCGGAUUGAUGAAACUAACGAAUGGAUAUAUACCGGAAUCAACAAAGGUGUUUAUAAAUGUGGUUUCGCAAAGGAUCAAGAGACUUACGACCAAGCUGUGAAACUGUGCUUUGAGUCCCUUGAUAUAUGUGAGACAAUACUUGAAAAGCAACGCUACAUAUGCGGACACCAACUAACUGAAGCGGACGUCCGGCUGUUCGUCAGCCUUAUCCGAUUUGAUGAGGUUUAUGCAGCUCUGUACAAUUGCAACAAAAAGCUGCUUAGGGAGUAUCCAAAUCUGUUCGACUACACUAAAGAUAUUUACCAAAUUCCUGGAAUCAGUAGCACUGUGAAGAUGGUGCAAAUUAAGAAGUAUUACUAUAAAAAUUAUCCUGAUUAUAAUCCCAUGGGAAUCAUUCCUAUUGGCCCUAACCAGACUCAGAAAUUCUUCAUAAAAUGGGCAAAAAUGUAAAAUGUUAUAUACUCUAUCCGUCCUCCAAUAUAUAGUCGCCCACUUUUUCUUUC